CCGACUCGCUCCUACACUACCCCCCAGAGGAGCAGAGAUGUCGCCGUUACCGCAGUUCCCUGUAGCCUUCCAGGCUCGUCCGCAGUUCUUUGCUGCGUUCCUGGUCCUACUGCUGCCCAGGCUGAGCCCGCAGGCGGCCACGGUCUCUCCCGACAACCCGGAGAUACUUCAGCUGCAAGAAACGUCCAGAAUGCUGGAAACAAUGCACUACCAAAUGAAGACCCUCCGACGUUCACUCGGCCAGCUGACGGAAGUGAAGGCAGUCGCCUCGCGGCUCAACGACUUGUUGGCUCAUCAGGAAGAGUUGGCGGCCCGUCAGAACGAGACAGCUGUUGUCCUGAAAGAGUUGGCGGGCCGUCAGAACGAGACAGCUGCUGCCCUGAAAGAGUUGGCGGCCCGUCAGAACGAGACAGCUGCUGUCGUGGAAGAGUUGGCGGCCCGUCAGAACGAGACAAUCGCUCGACAAGACGAGCGGUUCGCCGAGUUCUGCCGGACUAGGAAGAUGGGAAUGUCAACCGGUACCAUUCCGGACAGCAGCAUCACGGCGACUUCCGUAUACGACAAUCGGUUUCUGGCGAAAAUGGGGAGAGUUGGAACCAACCGCAAGGGGUGGCUAGCAAGGUCACUAAAUAUGGACGCCGAGUGGAUGAAGGUGGACCUGGGGCAGGAGAGUCGGGUGUAUGGUGUGGUCACUCAGGGGCGUCCGGACUACAACCAGUGGGCGCGGACCUACAAACUGUCCUUCAGCCAGGAUGGGCAGACCUGGACCACGUACGCCAACCUCGACGGAUCAGACAAGGUGUUUGCCGGAAACUAUGACCGGAGUUCGCCGGUGUAUAACUUCUUGGAGAGGCCUGUGACUGUGCGGUACGUCCGGUUCCACCCUCGCACCUACACCUCGCGCCCAGUCAUGCGGGUGGAGAUCCUGGGCUGCCCCACCGACAUGCUGUAGGUGUUGGCACUCACGUGACUGUGACGUCAUCACUGUCUGCCAUGUUGGAUGAUCAAAGAGAAUAUUUUGUAACAUGAUUUUUCUUCACAAAGUAAGCUGUAUCAACACUGCACCAUAGCAUAGUGCCACUUGGAGUGAACGUGCUAAAGUAUUACGCCGCACAAGCCUGUUUUAACCCUGGAAACUUGUCAAAACUUUGUUUGCAUUCGUGUGGUGUGUAUUUUGUGAUGUUGUCAUAGAAUCAAUGCGCCUAAUAUAGACUGAUAGCGCGGUGACCAUGAAUGUUAGAAAUGUGGAAUAAUAAUUUCAAUGUGUUUAAAGGUGAUGGUA